AUGGAUAUAACAUUGAAUUAUGAAGAACUAUAUGGCAAUGAAGAUUAUAACGAAAAUUAUGGCUAUGGUGAUGAGAAUUACAGUUAUGAUAAUGAAGAACCAAUUGAGGUUGCCAAUACCACUGAAACUGCCAAUACCACUGAAACUGUUAAUACCAAUACAACAACUACUAAGAGGAUUGUCCAAAGUGACAUCAUUUCGCUCUGA